GUGUAGUUCCGGUGACGUCAUCCAUCUGCGACGGGAAUACGGAAGCAUGAUGGCGGUGGCUCACCCGAAGCAGGAGAAAGAGAGCGAAGAUUGCUCUCUUCUGCCUUUAGUUCACGAUAUAAUAAAAUGCAUGGAUAAGGAGAGCCCGGAUGUGCACCAGGAGUUGAAUAAACUGAAGGCAAAGAUUCAAGAGGCCCGGGAGCAGAUCUCUGCCAUGCCGGGCAUAGAGAGCAGUCCCGGGGAACAGCAGCAACAGUUGACCACGCUGAGGGAGCAGGUCCGCACCAAGAACCAACUCUUGCAAAAAUAUAAGAGUCUCUGUAUGUUUGACGUACCCAAAGCAUCUUGAAGACUGGAUUAAACCGGACGGAACUCAAACCUAUACAAGACUCUGCAGGGUCAGAUGGAGCACAAGAAGAGGACGCCAUUUAAGAACUGACAGUGGAUGGAAGGCGAUUGUCAAGUGUAUAUUUAUAUUUCCACAUGCAUGUUUUUCAGCAUUUCGCUUAGAUUUUUCACAUUUUUUGUAUUAAAGCUAUAAAUAUCUUAUUUGUUUAUGUUUUUGGGUGUUUCUUUAGAUUUCUUAUUGAAUUACUAUGGUAAUUAUGAAUUAAUUCCCAUAUUUUGACUUUAUUGUAACGUAUUCCCUAACAAAAUGUUCAAAAAAUUACAACUUUAUUUGUUUUGUUUCUCAAAACAUUGCAUUUUUUUGGUAUUAUUUUUCCUGAUACAAUUACACUAUUUUCAUAACUGAUUUUUUUU